AUGUCAACAUCAUCAGUCAGGCCUAGGCCUAGAAGUUCAGGCUCCAUAAAGGCACCAAAUCGACCUCCUCCUCCACCACCAAGAUCUGCUUCUAUUCAAAAGCAGGCAAUGCAAAGCUCGGCUAUAUUGCCUCAAAGACCAGCUCUUCCUCCAAAUACAUCUCCAACUCGUUCUCCUGAGAAGCAACAUAGUCAGUCCAAUAGCUCAGUACAGAUGGAACAGAACGCUUCAAUGAGUCCAUCUGCUAGUAUUAGUAAGAUGCCAAACGACCAGAUAAUGGAGAAAUAUGUGUUAGAAGAGGAGAAAAAGGCACGCCUUGAAACUGAAGAACAACUCAGAUCCGUACGAGAUGAAUUAGACAAGUUGAAAGACACAUCAGCUAUGGCUUUUGACCAGUAUGGUAAACUCACUGAAGAGCUUGAACAGGAAACAGAGAUGAGAGAGAAAGCUGAAACUUUAGCUAUGGAGAUAUCUGAACUGGAACAAGAACUAUGUCAGAGACCAUCUGUUACACUGCUUGAAGAAUUCAACCAACUUGAGAGAAGUACGAUCAUAAAGACAGCUUUUAUUUUAUUUUUUAUAUUCAUCAUUUUGAUAGUGUCAGAGAUUACAGUUGAAGAGCUGAAGUCAGUUAGAAGAGAGCUAGAACAAGAGAGAGAAGCCAGAGAAAUUGCUGAGAAGAAAGCACAAGAGUUGAAGGCUGAUCUGAGAGCUCUACAACGUCAAAGUGCUAUUCUUAUGACAUCUGCUGCUGAAGAUGAGAAAUUAUCUGAUGCUUUAAUGCAAAUACAACAAUUACAAAGUGAACUUAGUGAGGCUAAAGUUUCUAGUGAAGCAAAGAACUUGAAGAAAGAUUGUCAGUGCUUACCAAUCAAAUUGAAAGUUAUGAACAACGAGCAAAAUCUGCUGAGUCUGAAGGUACUGGAGUCCUCCUCCUCCACCACCUCCUCCCCUGGAGGAAUCCCAGGGGCUGCUGAUCCCAUGAUGAGCAUGAUAGCUUCAAUAAAAAGUGGUAACAUUGCUUUAAAACGAGUUCAAAAGGGACACAAAAAGAGUGAAUCAGGACCAGCUGACAAUGAUGGUCAAUCGGAUACAAAUUCAGCUGGAAAUUCACCUGUAACUCCACGUCGUAUACAGCCUCCUUUAAGUCCAGUCAGUCCAUUUCUUCGCCCAUCUCCUGUAUCUCCUGGACCAACAAUAACAGAGACUCCACCCAGCUCUCCAACUCCUCCUGUCCCACCAAGAUCCAAAAAGGGUCUGUUAGCACCUCAUUUCACUUCUGUUCACUAUUCUGACAACAAGAAAAUUAUUGAA